GGUUGUUCGUCACAGCUACGCUCAUCUGAGGUCAGAGAGGAGCUUGAUACGACGGGGGCGAGAGAACAGUGCAACUAUAUAAUCCACCAGUGUCCAAUGAGGAAGUCAGUGUAGUGAAAAAGAGAAACAUACAAAGAUGGUGAAGAUAACUUUCCAGCCGGUCUCGGCGCAGAAACCAGAGAAGGAGCUCGAUGGAGACAAAGCCGAGAUUCUCAUGCCCUAUGAACACGAGGAGCUGGUUCUUCCUCUGAGGCCCAAGAAGUCUCAUCUGAACGGGCUGUGUUGUCUCACCUUUGGCCUGGUGGUCUUCAUGUCAGGACUGGUGCUGGCCUCCAUAUACGUCUACCGGUACUACUUCAUACAACAGAUCCCCGAGGACAGUCUGUUCCACUGCAGGGUUCUGUAUGAAGACUCUGUGUACGCCCCCCUGCACGGCAGACAGGAGCUGGAGGAGAACGUGGGCAUCUACCUGGACGACAACUAUGAGCAGAUCAGCGUGCCCGUGCCCCACUUCGGGGGGAGCGACCCCGCAGACAUCAUCCACGACUUCCAGAGGGGUCUGACUGUGUACCAUGACAUUGCCCUGGACAAGUGUUAUGUGAUUGAGCUCAACACCACCCUGGUAAUGCCACCAAGGAACCUCUGGGAGCUGCUGGUCAACAUCAAGAAGGGGACGUACCUGCCCCAGACCUACAUCAUCCAGGAGGAGAUGGUGGUGACGGGGAGGGUGAGGAACAUGAGACCUCUGGGGCCCUUCAUCCACCGGCUCUGCUACGGCAAAGACACCUACCGCCUCAAACGCCGACGCGAAGCACGCCGACGCAUCGACAAGCGCAAUGCGAGGAACUGCCACAGCAUCCGUCACUUUGAGAACACCUUUGUCGUCGAGACAGUGAUCUGCGACAGGGUCUAAAUCCUGAGGAGGAAGAUGGCAAGAUGGCCGCCCUACACCACCAAGCCAACUCUGAAACCAUACCUCGCGCAUCCCUUAGGCUUUAUAUUGCACUUUAAAAAGCACGUGUUUGUCCAAUAGUUAUUGAUUUGAAUGUUUUCUUUUAUUCCUUUUUUUGUCCCAAGUUUAAUUGUUGUUUACUGCUCUGGUGUUGUUUCUAUUUGUUAGUUUUUUGUAUUCCAAUGGUCUGUAUAUUUCGAUAAUGUCGGUAAUGCGAUGAAUCUGUAGCUUUUUUGUUGCUUGGGAUUUCAUGUCAUGUUGUUGCACUGACGUUUUAUUAUUUUAUUUGUAUCGAUUUGAAGUCGACGCCAGCAUAAUCAGAUGAGUUGUCUUAGGUUUUUACUUCAAUCGGCUCAGAUUGAGUUUGUCCUUUCUGUAUUUUACUUCUUCUCUUUCUUCUGUUGUAACCCUGUGCAGUGUGUAACAGUGAGGAGAAUUGGGAGUUAAGAUGCUGCGUGCGUUGUGCACACACACGUGUUUCUAUUUGUCUCUUGGUUCCAAAAUGAACCCAUGAUGAUGUCUCGUCUUGUUUUGGAUGUCCAGAAAUGCCGAAACAUACCUCAUAUAUUUUAGACGUUUUUUCGCCUGUAAUUUAAAUCAUCAAUUGUUUGUGUAUGUAUUUUGCAUCAUUCCUAUAAGCAAUAUAUACUGUAUAUGGAUUUUUCUUGGAUUUCAUAUUCGAACGUGCAUUGAUUUUUAUCCGAGCUUGUUUUGUGAUUGAAUGAUAAUUUCUCUAUGGUUUGUUCCUCUUCCUUGUGGUAUCUUCCACUGGUUGACUCUCUGGGUCUCACAUGGCUUUAGACUGUAUAAAGUAGCAGUGCUUUCGACGGGCCAACGGAACCAAAUCUAUACUCACUAACGCUAUGUUGAGUCGUGAGGGUGUUACUUAGGCAUAUAUAGAUUACCUACAGAUGUAGACUCUUAAUUUGAUCACCCUGUUGCAGGAGAACUUUCCUGAAAUGCAGGAAAUGUAAAACUGGUAGUGUAUUUGAGGUUUAAAAAAUGCUUUGAAAUGUCAGACUUGAUUUUCCCUUAUGAAAAAUGUAUCAACGCCUACAAGAAUUUCAAUUAAUAUAUAAUCCACAUAAUUUUCAUUUCCUGUUGCUGCAGGAUUAUUUCCCUUCUGUAGCAAACUGGCUCAAAUUAAGAUCCUACAUCUGUACAGUUGGAUAGGUUUUAGUUAAACUCUUUCUUUCUGUGUGUCUUUAACUACGUCCUGAUUCUGAGAGGGAGUGUGCAAGUGCACACUCCAGGAGAAGGGUGGAGAAUUGGAACGCAGUCGCCCUCUUCCUCCUGUCUUAGUAGUGGGAUGAAAUGUAUGCACUCACUAACUGUAAGUCGCUCUGGAUAAGAGCGUCUGCUAAAUGACAAAAAAAGGUAAAAAAAAAAAAAAGGGAUCAGCCUCUUGUCUGCAGUUGAGUCAUUGCAGCCAUUCUCCAUCCCUACUAUCUAGAUUCUCUCUCUCUCUCUAUUGCAUGCCUGUCUCUGUUAACAUUUUUUUACUAUCGAUCUACUGUAUGUUAUGGAGGAAUUAUUUUGCUGUUUUAAAGGGACCUAUUGUAUGAUAUAGGCUUUCAUGAUCUGUCCCCUUCUCUUCUGACUCGCCAUGCUGUACAGUCAUUUGGCUUGUAAUAGCUUAUCUUACUACCUAAUAAAUAAAUAUGUAAAAACUA